CGAGUCUGGCCGAUUGCGUUGACCCUCGUCGGGCUCACCCCGUUGUUGGCACCAUCGAGCUUUAUAGCACCUCACUUCUUCCCGCUGGCAUCAUGUCUCUCGUCGUUCCCGAGGCCCAUCAGCAAUUCCAGCACAUCUUGCGUCUCCUCAACACCAAUGUUGACGGAAAGCGUAAGAUCAUGUACGCUCUGACGGAAAUCAAAGGUGUCGGUCGUCGCUACUCCAACUUGGUCUGCAAGAAGGCCGAUGUGGACUUGAACAAGCGCGCCGGCGAUCUCAACUCGGAUGAGCUCGAGCGUCUUGUCACCAUCAUUCAAAACCCCACUCAAUUCAAGAUUCCAACAUGGUUCUUGAACAGACAACGAGACAUUAUUGACGGCAAGAACUCACAGAUCUUGUCCAACGGUGUCGACUCAAAACUCCGUGAGGACCUGGAGCGGCUGAAGAAGAUCCGCGCGCACCGUGGUCUUCGGCACUUCUGGGGCCUCCGUGUGAGGGGUCAGCAUACAAAGACGACCGGUCGUCGUGGCAAAACGGUCGGUGUGUCGAAGAAGCGUGGUUAAGCUUGUACAUCUCCGGUUGGCGGUGGGGAUCGGGCUGUAGGCCUCCUGCUGUCACAAUAUGUCUAGUAUCUGUUUACGGUUAUCAUGCUAUUUCGGCC